AUGGCACAGAAUUCAGAGAGACUACCUUGGGGGGACCUUGCCUCAAUGCUUGAGCUGCGACGCACCAAUCCUUGCCAACACGACGCUUACAACUUUCACGUACUAAUACAACCAGACAGCAGAGCAAAGCUUGUCAACUUUGUUGAUAUCUUUAUGCAGAGUGUUGUUGAGGAUGCAGCUCAACAGCGCAAGCAAUAUCCAGAGAGAUACGAAGUCCCCGACGAAAACCAAGUCAUCAUUUCAGAUGAAGCGGCAGUCAAAAUUGAAUCAACAGUCAGGCGUUGGCAUCCAGAGGUCUAUUGGCCUGACGGCAGCGACGACCUCAAGACUUUCAAACAGCCAACAACUAAAAGGCUAUGCCCUCACACAAAAGAGUCUGAUAACUGCGGAUGUGUCUUACCUUACAAAGAACGCAAAAUGUCUGCGUUCCAACGUCCACAAGUCCAGAACGACUGUUUCAAGUUCGAUAUAGACAACCGGGAAUCAUUUCGCAAUCUCCAGAUCGUCGAGAGUUUGAUCCUUCAUGGCGAAAUGGAUGCUAUUCUCUGCUCAUGCGCGUACGAAGAGUGUCAGCUGGCGAAAUGGCGGGAGCAUAGAGAAUGCGAUUGCACACAGGUAUAUUUUGGAUGGAGAAGUAUAUACGAAGACGCGAUCAGGAUGUAUGUGAUCCUUAAUGUCCUGGAGCAGUUUCCCGAAGCAUAUGAUGCAGACGGAUCUCCCAUUGAGGAUUAUCGAAACUUGGCAGCAUACCAGCAGGCGGUACGGUCGAGUACGGAGUCUGGGUACAGAAGUGAGAUUGCUAUGUUCCCUCACAGGGACUUUCUCGGUAUCGAGAAGGAUCAGUUCUGGUGGAAUCCUCGACCCCAUGAUGUCCCUCGCUGGAAACAUAUUAUGCGGUUUGACACAAAUGGGUUUGAAAACUACCAGAAGGGUUUGGAUCGCUUUGGCUUCUCUUGCUCUGAUGAUGAGUCUGACGCCGAAUCUCACAACGGUUCUAGCACCAAUUCGGGCAACAAGUCUAGUGCAGAAAACGAUUCCGAUGAUGGUUCCAGUGAUGAACCCGAAGAGAAAGAUCCUGAAGAGGUUGAGAAUAUGUUUUAUACACUGGAGUUCUAUCCAUUAGGUCUCAUGUCAUAUGACGAUUUCCUCAACUUCGAAAAGCUCAUGGAAUAUCGACCUAGCCCACCAGAUGUAUCCCACGUCAGAAGUAUACUGUUCCAAAAAGGCCUCCCUAUCGAGAUAACAGAUCGUAUUCUCGAGUAUGCCGAUUACGCCCCGAGAGGGAGCCUCCCUGUCCCAGGGCAGCCACUGCAUCCUCAAUGUAGGCAGGAACUAGGUCGCUAUCUCGAACUCUGCUGGCAACUUAUCGUCAGAUGCUAUAUAUUAGGCCAUGAGCUUCAUGGGAGAGAUGGGAUGGAUAUCGGGAGUUUUGUAAGGGAGGAGGUGAAAGAUUGCUUGGUGGAGCUAUUCAGCUGUAGAUGUGAUGGUGUACACGAGAGCUUUUCUGGCUUUGAUGCGGUGCCUACUGAGAACUCUGGGGUUGAGAGGUAG